CCCUCUCCAGCCAAACCCACACCCUCCUCCGCUCGCUCGCUCGCUCUCCUUCCCCUCCCCAAUGGCGGCCUUCGCCUCCACCUCCCCCUCGCCGGCGAUCUCCACCUCGGCCUGGCGCAUGGACUCCCUCCGCGCCGCGCUCCCCGCGCUCCGCCCCUCCCCGUCGGCGGCCGUCCGGCCUCGCAGGCAGGCGGCCUCCGCCGCCCCGUUCCUCCGGAGCUCCUUCGUCUCCACGUCCUCCGCCUCGUCCUCCGUCUCCCCCGCCCCGAUGUCCUCCGCGGCCUCGGCGUCGCUCGCCUUCUCCUACACCUCCUCGUUCUCCGUGGAAUCAAGCUUUGCGCACCGACUGUUUGGCACUGAUGUCCGUGGAAGGAUACUGGCAAUGAGGCACGGGAAGCGCAUUCCUAGGCUCAACAGGCCUGCAGAUCAGCGGAAAGCACUCCUGCGUGGGCUGACCACACAGCUGCUGAAGCACGGGAGGAUAAAGACUACUAAGCCAAGGGCAAAGGCGAUGAGGAAGUGGGUUGACAAGAUGAUCACGAUGGCGAAGGAUGGAUCUCUUCACAAGAGGAGGCAGGCCCUGGGGUAUAUUUAUGAGAAGCACAUAGUCCAUGCACUGUUUGCUGAGGUUCCAGACAGGUACGGGGAAAGAAACGGGGGCUACACAAGGAUCAUCCCGACAUUCCCAAGGCGGGGAGAUAAUGCACCUAUGGCUUACAUCGAACUUGUCUAGAGAGUCAUCCAUUGGUUGCAGUCCAUCCAUCGACACUGCUCAAGCCGGGUGUCUGCGAAUCACCUUUUGAACCUGUGUUUUCAUAUGUUAUUUUGUAACAACAAAGUGUAGAUCAUGUCACGGAAUUUCUGAACAAACGAAUGUCAUCCUGUAACUGCCAGAUCAGUGUGCAAUACUAGUAUUUUGGAAUGUCUCCUUACUGUAAUCUGUUUUCUUUCAA